AUGCCCGGUCAAUUUGUUGACGUCGUGGCUGUUGCAUCUCCAACGACACUUGCUUUAAACUCAAAAGACUGUGAUGAACCUCGUGCGUUGCCACUGCGUGGCGUCCGGUCGCAAUCGCUUUCGAAACUAUCGCGUCGAGCGUCGACGGCUAGUGUGCUUACAGUAGAGAAUAAACAAUGCGACACGUUUAGUGAGAAGGAGGAGAUUGAACUCCAACAACAGCAGCGUAUACGACAUGCUCGUCGUGCCCUUAGCUCAGGGACUGGUAGUUCUCUUAGUCUAUUACAGGAGGAACUUGGAUAUCCACGACGUACUCGAGUGACUCCAGAUGGACACAGGUAUCGACGCGGGUCUUUAUUUGAAACGUCUGUGGAGACAGUAACCAGUAGCCAUGAUAGUGGCAGGGAAAUACACAGCAGGAGCAGUAGCAGUUCAGGUAGUGUGGCAAGCACGAACGAUAUGCUUCGAACACAGUCGGUGCCUGAACCAGAAACGGAGAAUCAUCUUCAUCAUGGACGUACUUGGACAUUUAAUUCGGCUACGUACUCGCCACGAAGUGACGAUGGAGAUACAUAUGGAGAUGUACCGGAUGAGGACGAAAACUUUAUGAACUACCGUAGUGCUUCCGUCACAGGUUACAGUCGCGACACUGACGGAGUUGUCUACUAUGAGGUGAUUGUGCGUAACAUCACGCACGGCCCACUGUCUGCUUACAAAGUGCGACGACGUUACUCCGAGUUUCGAGACUUGCACGUAGCGCUGAGUAAGGUCAUGCCAGUCUCCCAUAGGAAACUCGCGUCCGUCACGGCCAUGGCCAGUAUCAGGGACGAAAGCAAUAUCGACGAGGACGAGGACGUGUCGGGGAGUCUCCGUUACUCUACUACAGACUGCAGCGAAAGUAAAGAGCCGACACUACCUCCGCUACCAGACAAAGGUGGCGUGUGGAGCUACCUAUUGUUCGACAGCAUUCCACUACUGGAACGACGAGCCAAGUACUUUAAUGCCAUGCUAACAGCUGCACAAGAGCACCCAAUGGCACGUGCUAGUCGACUGCUCAAUGACUUUGUCGGCACACCGCCUGACCUUGUAUCCAUGCACUCGAGCGUCAAGAGCAGUUACGUGAGCUUGAAUCGCUUUGCGGCGCCUAAGUUGAGCUUCGAUAUUGAGAUCCAGGAGAGAAAAGAAAAGGCCAAGAGCAUCCGACGACGCCGCAGCUCUCUUAAACGUCAAAGCUUCACCGGAUCACUUGAUGCCAGCUUUAUCAGCCCGCGUCCGUUGGAGUAA